UUUAGCACUGCAACAAGCAUACUAGUGCGAUCGUGACCUGACAGAUCUGGACUCUAUUCUUUAGGUCAAAAGUCAAAUCCUGAUCAGCCUUUGGUAUUCGUGACUAAUUUUUGUUUACAGAUUUGAAUCAGGACAUUUGUUUGUUGCAUUUUCCACGAUAGAAUACAGCGGGGUGGGGUCCUUGGAGCAGAUGGCGAAGAUGAUGAUUAGCGCAUGAUAACAUGGAGUGCAAUGUCUUGGAGACGAUCAAAAUAGGUAGAUCAAAACGACCAUUGAUUUUCGAAACCUGUUCGGUUUGCCUGACUGAGGGUCAGGCUGACUUGUUGGCCUUGAUCGUCACGAGGCACAGUAGCGACCGCGAGCGCCUGUGCUGAAGCGCCUCAGUUGCGGCAUGGCGCUUGAGUGGGAAUGGAAAAAGAUAUUUACUGUGUUAGGUGUAUUGUCUUUAUGUUUUUUGAUAAUACCAAUUCCAAUAGAGCGGAAUGGCAUGAAGGAACAUGAACAUGAAUUUAAGAUAUUUAUGAAAAAAUUUAACAAGUCGUAUGAUGCGAAUUCCACAGAAUAUAUUCUACGGUUGUCAAAUUUUCAGGUGUUGCUACAGAAGUUGUUUCACUGGAUAUACUGUGAGCUGAAUAACACAGAAAUUAUCAGACUUGUCAUGUCUAAACCUGCCAUAAUUUUUCUUUAUGGAUAGAUUGUUCUUAUUAAAUCGUGUUACAAAGAUAUCUAUUUUUAGCUAUUUAAGUUCACAGUGGAAGACUUUAAUAAAAUUUUUUAUCACUAAUUUGUAGGCCUACUUCAAACAGAUUGCCACUCCCUGAGGCUGAGGUGACACCUUGUUUCGUAGAGAGAAAAUGGAAAAAUGAUUGGGAGACAUUAAGAAUGUGGUAUGCUGGGCAGAUGCAUUGCAGGAGGGAGUGAUAAUAUUUCAGCCUGAAAUAUUCAGUUACACUAAAUGUCUGUGAUAAGAAAUAUUACCUGUUGAAUUAUUGAAAUUAGUCUGUAGAAUAAGAUGGAACAUGGGAUAAGUUAGAUGAGAAUAGAGAUGUACAUUUGAUUUGCAUUCUUGUGAAACACCUUAAAAAGAAUCAUAUAAGCAACUAUGUUAUUUCUAAAUAUGAGGACCAGUUUCAGUAUUUUUGAGGUUUGUAGCAGGAUGUUUUCUGUAGUCCAUCAGAGCCUUAAUUUAUAAUUUUUAAUCAUUCUUUGGAAGUUUAAAUCAGUAUGUAAUAUUUUCAUUGACAGGAGAGUUAAUUGGUUGAUGAAGCUUAAGCUUGUUUUGUGCCAAGAAAAGAAAUCUAAAGAAUUUGUAAGAUUUUUUUUUAGUUCAUAAUUGGGUCAAAUUCUACUGUUAUCAAAGGUGUUUGAUCAUUAAAAUACAUAUUGUGCAGCUUAUCAUGCAGUAUAUUAUCUUAAAUCUUGGUGAUGAAAUUUAUCACUUGUAUAAUGAAUAGUAGCAUGUCAUUAAUGAGACAUGUUCAAAAUCUUUGCAGGUUCUAGCUAAAAUAUCGUCUACUGGUGUACUUAAUAGUAAAUUAAUGAAUGCAAGAUUUAUUGAGGAGUACUAUUCAAAAGGUGUAUAUAUCAGUUUACUGUAUUACAUAUCAUGAAAAAUGUACAUUUGAAGUAUGUCUAUAGUUUUUUAAGCAAUUUAAGUUUCUCUGUCACUUUUAUUUGUUAAUUCUUAAUCGCAAGCGAUCUCAAUUAUGUUCAGUUUCAGUAUUUAUGAGAGAAAGUUUACAAAAAUCUAUAUUUUAUUAUGUAUUUACAUUUCAAGCUUGUGGUUCCAAUGAAAACUUAAAGAACCUAUUUGCUAUUAUUCUUCAAAUGGAACUUUAAAUGUUUAAUUGAAAAGAUAUGAUCAUAUGAAAAUGUCAUCAAUUUUCUGACUGUUUUUUAGCACUCUAUUGUUUGUCACAUCAUCUGGAAUUACCGUUUUUCCUAAGCAUGUGCCAAAAAACAACACAUUCAAUUUUUUAAUAUACUCUCGGCUGUGUACUAACUAUUCUACAUUAGCAUUUAUUUCACCUGAUAUACAUAAUAAAAAAAAUUAAUUCUACAUGACAAGUCUGAACAUCUUCAUCCUUGUGUUGUUCGGAGAUUUUUCUCAUGAUUGGCUCAUCUCAAUGGAAUAUGUUCCAAUUGUAGGAGAAAAAAUGUUUAGUGUAAAUUAUAUGGGACCAUAACUAGUACUUCCAAGAAAUUAUUAAGUGUUCAAUGCAAGUCAGUACAUGUGACCUUAUCUAGAAAUGUGAUUCCUACUUAAAUUUUAGAUAAUUAUAUUUGUCUGUUUUUACACAAUUUUGUUACAACUUCAAUAAUUUUUGUGUAAUAAAAUAUUUUUUAAAUAUUUGAUGGAUUAUUUAUUAAAAUUACUGAGAUGGUUUUGCUUUUAAACUAAUUAACUUACCGUAAUUAUUUUUUUAUUUUAUUCUGACCCAGGUUGGGCAACCAUUUGAGAUGGUUUACGAUUUUACUAAUUUAAUUUGACUAUUUAUUUUGCACUGUUGUUAUUACAUUUAUUACAACAUUACAUUGACAUUACAAAUCUGGGUUUGUCGUAAAAUACUAUAAUUAUUAUAUGUGGACGAAUUGCGGCUCUUUACGGAGCUGCAAUUCCUGGAUGUUCUGCUAUAUUAUCCUGUUGUUAAAACUUUGAUGGCAACUUCUACAAAUUAUCAGCAUUUUACUUUGAUAAUAAAGAAUUA